CGCUUUAAUAUAACCAAUUAGAAUCCACCUUACAUAAAUUCAACCAACCAACUUUCUUGUUACAAAAGCGGAAGUCAAAAUUCAAGAUGGAGUCCAAAGUUGAAGUUUUGGAGGCUAUGUUUCAGAAAGCAGAAUCAGAUCUCAAUUUUCUGUCAAGAAAACUGGAUUUUGAAUUUGACCAAAACAAUGAAGAGAAUAAGACUAAUCCAUCACAAAUGUUACAAAAAAUUGCUGAUGUGAAGAAGGAAUUCUCAUCCAUUGUGCAAGAAGCUGCAGCAAUUCAGGAAGCACAAAAGGAAGCAGUAGCCCAGUUUCAGUCACAGCUGAUGGCUGCGUGUCAAUUGUUGCAGAAAAUACAGGAGCAGGGAAGCUUAGAAUCAGAGGAAAAACCAGAAGAGCUGGUCAAGCUAGAAGAAUUGCUGGGUGUGAGCUUUCCACAUCAUCAACCCGAUGAAGCAGCCUCUGAUGUAAAUGUACAACAAGAGAACAACCAAUCAGAUCCAGCCAACACUGACUUGACCUUUACCCUCAAUGCCCAAAAAUCAAAUGUUAAAGAGGAAGUUGAUGUGAAAGAAGUGUUAUCUCCCUUAGACCUGCGGUCACAGUCCAAUGAGUUUAUAGAAUUGUCAGCAGAAGAGUUUGAAUCUGUCCCAGCUACUACUAGAGGAAGAGUCAAACUCGCUGAUGUCAACAUGGCUUACAGAGUGUUAUGGAGACACUUCAAAGAGGAAGACAACAGCAAUCCUUUGGGACCCUCUGAGAUGUACAAGAUGGGCUUAAAAGUAUCAGGGGCCACAGGAGAAGCCAAGCUAAAGGUUCUUAAAUCACUGAAACUAUGUACAAUCAGCAACAAAAUGGAAGUCAAGUUGGUUUGAUGGAUGCAGUUAAAGGAAAGAUCAUUAAGUAAAAGAAAUUACUGAAAGUACUAUUACUCCAAGCACUGAGUAGAAGGGAAAGUACUAAACAGUACUUGCUGAUGCAUGUUCAUACAGAUGUCAUUGAUAAGGGACACACAUUUUUUGCUUUGUUUAGAGCUAAAUGUGACUGAUAGCUCAAAAAUGGCCGAUUAGGUGGCAUUUGUCUCCAGUACAAAAUUUAGUUUUGUGCGACUUUCAUUCCAUUCAACAUGGAAAACUCAUUUCUGAUUUGCAAUUAUUGAACCUAGAGGAGUUGUGAUUCAGAAUAUAUCCAGCAUAAGGAUUAUCCAUGUAGAUAUAUAUGUGUCAACCAGGCAAUAAUUUUUCCCUUUUCUUUUUU